UGCGCCCCGGAGCCCGCGGAGCCGCGGCCCGCCAGGAGGCGACUUGGAGCUCCUCUUGGUGCUGACAUGAUGACAGUGUGCAGGCCGGCCAAGGGCAGCCACAGCCAGACUGAAAACCUGAGCUACAAAUUGGCUGACAAGGUCAAGGUGGAAGGUCCAGAGGCUGGGGAAGACCCUCGAAGGCCAUUUAGGUCCCCCAUUCCUUCCCCAGAGACUGAUCAGGAUUCACCCCCCACAAGGAGCUCACUGGAAAGUCUCAAUAACCUGAUGCUAGAGUCAAGAGUGGACUGUUUUCAGCAGAACAUGUUCAGCUCAAAUAUGAUCAUCAGCGACUCAGCUUCAGAUCUCAAUGCUAAAGAAGCCAGCAAGGCAAGAGGCAAGAGGCAGCUCGGCGGUGUCGAGAACCCGUGCCUUUCUGCCCGAGGCGGGGCCCGGCCCAAGCCCCUCAGCAUAAAGGACAAGAUAUCCGAAUGGGAAGGGAGAAAAGAGCUGCCCGCUCCUGCCCCCGGCAGGAAAGCAGACGGGCAAGAGGAUUACCUGACGUCCUGUGUGAUGGGGAGAAGCAGUGAUGGUGUGAGAGCGUGGGGCACAGAGGCUCAGGAUGGAACCAGGCCAGAAGCAGAGAGCAAGGAGGAUGAGAGGAAUAAAGGGCUUGUGAAAGUCAGGGGACAGGAUGCAGAGCCGAGGCAAGACCUCAGCCAGCCCACCGAGCAGCCGGCUCCCAGCUUGGGCAGAGGCCGCGAGCCGCGGCCGGGCAAACAGCGCUUGCCGAAUGACAGCCUCUCCGUGCUGAGGCAGGUGGAGAAACUCGAGCAGGCUCUGAAGGAUGGGUCGGCAGGGUUGGAUCCCCAGUUACCAGGGACUUGUUAUUCCCCACAUUGCCUGCCGGACAAGGCCGAGGAGGGGCCCGCCCUUCCUGAGAACCGAGGGGGCUGGCGUGGCUCUGAAUUCAGGUCCCACCACUGGGACCUAGAAGCCAGGGAGCUCGCCCCUGAGGCUGCAGAGGAAAGGAAAGGCUCGUGCAGGAGGCCCUGCGACCGGAGCCUGGAGAGUGCGGACAGGGGCUCGGAGGGCCCCCCCGCCAAACCCUUCAUCAACCCCCUGCCCAAACCCCGGAGAACGUUCAAACACGACGGAGAAGGGGACAAGGACGGGAACCCAGGCUUCAGGAAGGACAAGAGGCACCUGCCUCCUCUGCCUUCUCUACCUCCCCCUCCCCUGCCCUCCUCUCCCCCGCCCUCCUCUGUGAACAGAAGACUGUGGACCGGAAGACCGAAACCCAGUGCUGACCACAGAAAGUCCUAUGAGUUUGAAGACUUAUUGCAAUCUUCCUCUGAAAACAGCAGAGUGGACUGGUACGCACAGACUAAGUUGGGGCUCACACGCACUUUAUCAGAGGAGAACGUCUACGAGGACAUUCUAGAUCCACCAAUGAAGGAAAACCCUUAUGAGGACGUGGAGUUGCACGGUCGCUGCCUGGGGAAGAAGUGUGUCUUGAACUUCCCUGGUUCUCCCACUUCUUCCAUUCCUGACACACCCUCCAAGCAGUCAUUGUCCAAACCUGCUUUUUUCCGGCAAAAUUCAGAGAGAAGGAACUUCAAACUGCUGGACACUAGGAAGCUGAGUCGGGAUGGAUAUGGGUCCCCUUCCAAAAUCAGCCCCCCCUCCACCCCCAGCAGCCCUGAUGACACUUUCUUUAACCUUGGAGAUCCGCAGAAUGGCAGGAAGAAGAGAAAGAUACCCAAGUUGGUAUUGCGAAUCAAUGCCAUUUACGAGGCCCGGAGAGGAAAGAAACGUGUGAAGAGGCUGUCCCAGUCAACAGAGAGCAACUCAGGAAAAGUGACAGAUGAGAACAGUGAGUCUGACAGCGACACCGAGGAGAAACUGAAAGCUCACAGCCAGCGCCUGGUCAAUGUGAAGUCACGCCUGAAGCAGGCUCCGAGAUACCCAUCCCUUGACCGGGAGCUCAUGGAGUACCAGCAGAGGCAGCUGUUCGAGUACUUUGUGGUCGUGUCACUGCAUAAGAAGCAGGCCGGGGCUGCGUAUGUGCCAGAACUCACCCAGCAGUUCCCUCUCAAGUUGGAAAGGUCUUUCAAGUUCAUGAGAGAGGCUGAGGACCAGCUGAAGGCCAUCCCCCAAUUCUGUUUCCCUGAUGCCAAGGAUUGGACUCCUGUCCAGCAAUUUACCAGUGAAACCUUCUCAUUUGUCUUAACUGGAGAAGAUGGGAGCAGAAGGUUCGGUUACUGCCGAAGACUGCUGCCUGGUGGCAAAGGGAAGCGUCUCCCUGAAGUUUACUGCAUCGUGAGCCGCCUGGGGUGCUUCAGCCUCUUUUCAAAGAUCUUGGAUGAGGUGGAAAAGCGACGAGGCAUCUCUCCUGCCCUGGUACAGCCCCUCAUGAGGAGUGUCAUGGAGGCCCCUUUCCCAGCACUGGGCAAGACCAUCGUCGUCAAGAACUUCUUGCCAGGAUCAGGAACUGAGGUGAUUGAACUGUGCCGCCCGCUGGACUCCCGGCUCGAACACGUAGACUUUGAGUCUCUCUUCUCCUCUCUCAGCGUCCGCCACCUGCUCUGUGUUUUUGCCUCCCUGCUUCUGGAAAGGAGGGUCAUCUUCAUCGCAGACAAGCUCAGCACGCUGUCCAAGUGUGGCCAUGCAAUGGUGGCCGCCAUCUACCCGUUCACCUGGCAGCACACCUACAUCCCCGUGCUGCCCCCCACCAUGAUCGACAUCGUGUGCUCACCAACCCCCUUCCUCAUCGGGCUGCUCACCAGCUCGCUGCCACUGCUCAGGGAGCUGCCGCUGGAAGAGGUCCUUGUGGUUGACCUGGUCAACAAUCGGUUCCUCAGACAGAUGGAUGACGAGGACUCCAUUCUCCCCAGGAAGCUGCAGGUAGCCCUGGAGCACAUUCUGGAGCAGAGGAAUGACCUGGCUAGUGACCAGGACGAAGGGCCCCCGGACUGCAAGCGUGGCCCGGAGUCCAGCCCCUUGAACGAAGUGGUGUCAGAAGCCUUUGUCCGCUUCUUCGUGGAGAUCGUGGGUCACUACUCCUUGUUCCUGACGGCGGGCGAGCGUGAGGAGAGGACCCUGCAGCGAGAGGCCUUCCGCAAAGCCGUCUCCUCCAAGAGCCUCCGCCGUUUCCUGGAGGUUUUCAUGGAGACCCAGACCUUUCGGGGCUUCAUCCAAGAGCGGGAACUGCGCCGGCAGGAUGCCAGAGGUCUGUUUGAGGUCCGAGCCCAGGAGUACCUGGAAACACUCCCCAGUGGAGAACACAGUGGCGUCAAUAGGUUCCUGAAGGGACUUGGCAAUAAAAUGAAGUUUCUCCACAAGAAAUAACCUUCGGCUCAUCCUCAAGGGGAAACUUCCUCCUAGUGCAAGCACAUUUUUAAAAAAAACAGUCCUGGUGGCCUUUCUGAAACGCUGGGUCCUGGUUGUCCCACGUGUGGGGUGAAGGCCAGGAUGGUUUCCGGCUGCCGCACAGCCUCCCCAGGACCCAGGGCCCAAGAGCCGUGCAGCAGGUGCUGCUUCUCCAGAACAGCGCUGUGAAGGGGACCUGAGACCAGGCAUGUCACCGACAUUCAGAUGUAUUGUUUGGGUUGUUGGGUUUGGGACUUUUUAUAUUUUUAACCUUAGGUAUUAAAAGAAAGAAAAGUGUUUGGGUUUUCUUUUUAUUAUGCCAGGGCUAGGAAGAGUCUCUUCUGCCCUGUGCCAUCUUGCCCUGGUUCGUCCUGCCUGGCAGCUGGGCUCUGAAGCCAAGAGGAGGGAGGAGGAGGAGGGCAGGAGCAGUGACCAGGGACUUAGAAACAAGGUGCUCCUCUGGCAGAAGCGGGGACAGAUGCAGGUGUCAGGGGAGGAGGGCUGUGGCGAUGCCUACCAUGCUCCUGCUCACAAGUAGGGGGGUGGGGGUGGGGGACACCUUUCCUCUCCCCGAAAGGAUUGGCCUGUGUGUGGAAUCCUGAGGUCGUAUCGGGGCUGUAGGAACAGUUGCCUCCUGGGAUGAGCUGCACUUGAGGCCAGCCAGUGAUGCCACCUGGUGGCCAAGGUCAUUUGUUGUACAACCCAGUCGUCUCGUCCCAAAAGGACCUGACUCCUCUGGAUGGCCUUCUUCUCUCUUCAAAGCCAUAGCAUCACUCACUGCCCAAGCAGUCCCUGACUUUUAGAGGCACACACAAGAAGGAAAUCUCCUGCUAAGGUCUGUUAAGGAAACGUUCUUGGGGUCCUUAAAACACGGAAGCCACAGCUUUGACCCUAUUCCCAUUUAUAUCAUAGGAAACGUUCCCAUCUUCUUGUAGGGACCCAAAUCAGCAUAAGUGAAAUAGUACAUGUGCAGGAAAAAUGGAGGGGCUUGUGGUGUUGAUGUUAACAAGAGGGGCAUCCGGACUUUGGGGUUAGCUUCCUCAGACCUGUGCUCCAGCGAGGAGGCUUACUCCUCUGGACCAGAAGCAGGGAGGUGUGGAAGAGGCUGCACCCCAAGUGCCAUCCUGCAAGGGCUGCAGGGGGGAUGCAGGAAAAGAAUGGUGGGCAGCACAGGCAAGUUCUCAAGCAGGCCUCAGGCUCACCACCACAGCAUAUCCCGCUGGUGGAUCCCCUCCGGACGGCACCAGCAGUCUGAACUCUGUAAUGGCCCAAGGACCUGUGCCACUUGGCAGAGGUUCUCACCUUUAGGGAGUUGGGAGCAAGGAGUCUUCUAAGGGGAAAAAAAAAAAAAAAAAAAAGAACAAGAAGGAAAAUGAAGAAGAGGUUGACCUGUCAUUCUCCAUUAAAGGUUCUUAACUGGAGUCAUGAAUGACCCCCUCCCACCUGCAGGUUGUAUCCAAGCUUUGGUAUGUCCAUUUGUUUUUUAGGAGAGAGGAUCCAUGGUUUAUAUCAGAUUCUCAAAGGGGUCCAAGACCCCCCAAAACGGUAGGAACCAGUCUAUACAUCACAGUUAACCUGGGUAGGUAUGUGUGUUGGGGUUGGGGGGCAGGGGAGACUGAAUAGGCGUCUCUUGAGUCUUGGGGGCUCAGGAAUUUGUACCUAACAAGCUCCUCAGAUUAGUUUAUUUUAUUAAUACCAAUAUUCUACCCAGAGAUGAUCACUUUUAAUAUUUUGGAAUAUACCUUCUUUUCUAACUUAUUUCAUAUUAUAUUGUUUACUUAACACCUCCAGGUGAAUAAAUACACAUCUUUGUCAACA